UCAGAGACGUUAAUCUCGAGCUCGUUGUCGAAAAGCAUUGCCUGAUAAACCAGAUUCAGGGAGAAGCUACGUCUUUUCUUUUGCGUGGGGAAAGAUGGCGGAGAGUGGACACAUCUCAGCCCGUAGAAGCGACUCAGCUGUGUCUGUGUCCGCUGUGAGUAUGGAGACCAUUUCAUCUCUCACCGAGCUAGAGGACCUGGAGAAGGUUUACCAGCAGCUCUGCGUGGAGGAGAAUGAAGUGGGAGCUGAGUUGGACAGGCUGGUGGGACAGGAGGGAAGCAUUCACACAAAGAUGCUGGCGUUGCAGAGGAUGGGACCGAACCUUCAACUGAUCGGUGGAGAUGCCAGCCAGUUGUCAGGCAUGAUAACGUUCACCUGCAGCCUUGCUGAGAAUGUCAGCCGAAAAGUGAGGCAGCUGGACCUGGCAAAGAAGCGUCUCUUUAACGUCAUCCAGCGUACCAAUGACAUCCUGAACCUUAAGUUCUGCACUGACGGCGUUCAGACAGCUCUGCGCAACGAGGACUACGAGCAGGCAGCGAUUCACAUCCAUAAUUACCUCUCGCUUGACCAGUCUGUGAUUGAGCUGAGCCGACAAGGAGAGGAAAGCAGUGCAGUGGAUGCCAGUCUGGUCAUGCUGCAGGAGGCGGAGCAGAAGCUGAAGGUUAUCGUGUCUGAGAAGCUGGAUGAGGCUGUCGCCGCUGUGGACCUGGCGCAAGUGGAGAGGUUCUUUAAGAUCUUCCCUCUUCUGGGCCUCCACCAGCAGGGUCUGGCCCGAUUUGGACAGUAUCUGUGCAGUCAGGUGGCCUCCAAAGCAGAAGAGAACCUGAUUUUGGCAACAGGGGGAGACUUGGGGGACAAGAGAGCUCCACUUGUGUUUGCAGAGACGCUGACUCUUUUACUCGAAGGUAUUGCUCGAGUUGUAGAGACCCAACAGACCAUUGUUGAGACGUAUUACGGGCCGGGUCACUUGUACACACUCAUCACUCACCUGCAGAAGGAGUGUGACCAACAGGCCCAGAAGAUUGUGGAUAAGUUCAUAAAGCAGAGAGGAUUCCACAGCAAGUUUCAGGUUGUCCAGAGCAGCAUGAUGAAGAGCACGCCUGGGGAACGGAUCGAGCCGAGAGAGCUGGAUCCUGUGUUGGCUGAGGUCACGCUUAUGAACGCACGCGCUGAGCUCUACCUGAGGUUUCUGCGCCGCCGCAUCGUGUCAGAUUUUGAAGUUGCAGAUGCUCAGACUGUUACACAAGAACAUCAACAGAACGUGGAGAAGCUACUGAAGCACUGUUUGCUGAGCCGGAACAUGCAGGAACUGAUCGGCUACUAUAUUCCAAUGGAGGAGUACUACAUGAGGGAGUCAGUCAACAAGGCUGUUGCCAUGGAUACCUAUGAGAAAGGUCAGCUGACCUCCAGCAUGGUGGACGACUGCUUCUACAUAGUGAAGAAGUGCAUCAGCAGGGCGUUAUCCAGCUCCAGCAUCGACUGUCUGUGCGCCAUGAUCAACCACGCUAACUCCGUUCUGGAGUCUGACUUCAGGGAGGUCUUGUAUAACAAACUGCGACAGGGGUUUCCUGCCACCACGCUUCAGGACAUCCAGCGUGGGGUCAGCAGCGCCGUCAGUCUGAUGCAGAGCAGCCUGCAGCAGGGCAGGUUCAACACGCUUGGCAUCGAGAGCACGGAAAAUGCCAAAGCUGCAUUCCUGGUGACUCUCAACAACGUGGAGGUGUGCAGUGACAACAUCACCACGCUGAAGAAGAACCUGGAGAACGACUGCUCCAAGUUGUUCAGUCAGGGUUCUGGUUCCGGGGACAAAGCCAAGAUUGAAAGUUGUCUCUCUGACCUUGUCGGCACGUCCACCAAGUUUAAAGAUCUUCUCCAGGAAGGUCUGACGGAGUUGAACACCACAGCCAUCAAACCUCAGGUCAAACCCUGGAUCAGCAGCUUCCUGUCCAUCUCACACAACAUCGAGGAGGAGGAGUUUAACGAUUAUGAAGCCAACGACCCCUGGGUGCAGCAGCUCAUCGUCAACUUGGAGCAGCUCAUGGCAGAAUUUAAGAUGGCGCUGUCUCCGGUCAUCUAUGACAAUCUGACCAGCCUGAUGACCAACCUGAUAUCGAUCGAGAUGGAGAAGACGGUCCUCAAGUGUUCCUUCAGCAGGCUUGGAGGCCUUCAGUUUGACAAAGAGCUGCGGUCUCUGGUGGCGUACCUGACCACUGUGACCACCUGGACCAUCAGGGACAAGUUUGCCCGACUGACACAGAUGGCCACUAUCCUCAACCUGGAGCGGGUUACAGAAAUCCUGGACUACUGGGGGCCCAACUCCGGCCCCCUCACGUGGCGUCUGACUCCAGCCGAGGUGCGACAGGUCCUGGCGCUGCGCGUGGACUUCAGAAGCGAAGACAUCAAGAGGCUGAGACUGUGAAGACACACGUUCCGGCGGAGCGAUUCCUCUGAAUAGACUUGUGGGCCGGCAGACUCCGGAUGGAUGGUUUCAUUUCUAGGAAGAACCAGUCUGUGGCUGAACAUUUGGGCCUUGGGUUUUGGUAUGAAUGAGCUGUAAGGUAUUUAAUUAAACUGAUGCGUGAAGGCUGUAAUUGCACCUCUCUGUUGUCCCGACCUUUUAACCUGUAACUGGAUGUGCGAAUGGAGGACACGCUGGGCCCGAGGAGACCCGUGCCCCAGAAGUAAUGAACAUCAGACCCAUUAAAGUGACAGAAGCAGGUCAGACAGCUGAUCCAGCCCACUCACUCAAUAUAUGAAUAGCUCUACCAGUGCCGUGAUUGAAGACUUUUAACCUAAUAAUUUCAGUGCCGCGGUGCAAUCCCGCGCGUUCUAAUAUAAUUACACAUUUUUCCGCAGCA